AUGCCAUCCAUCAUUUCCAAGUUGCACACCCUCAAAGUACGACAGCUGCAGAAGCUGGCACUGUCAAUAGGAAUAUUAUCAUCUGGGACCAAAUCAGACUUGGUCAAUCGUCUAUCUGAGACUUUACAUACAUACGACCAUCAAGCGCGCGGCAAAAAUGACAAGCUACAAACCCCAAACGGCCCAGGGCCGAUGAGCAUCUUGAGCAUCGAUAUGGGAAUUCGAAACUUGGCUUACGCACAUCUGCUUGUUUUCCCUGCGGUCCAGGCAAGCGAUGUAAGAACGAUUGAGUCUGUAUACCAGCCACUCUCUGCGGCAAAGAUAUCCCUGAAUGCAUGGGAUCGACUUGCAAUCUCUUCCUUUCCUACCCGUGAUAUCCAUACGGACCCUUCGACAACUUCAAUUUCAAAACUGGGUGGACUACGAAAAGCUAUAUUUCAACCAUCUUCUAACUCGCAAGAUGAAGAGGAGCAGCCUAAAAAGGAGUCCAAGGAGCAUUUUGCACCGUACCUAUAUGCUUCCCAUGCUUACACGCUUAUCACCUCGCUUCUAGAAGCAUACAAGCCGACACACGUCCUAAUUGAACGGCAGCGAUUCCGCUCUGGGGGUGGCAGUGCGGUCCAAGAGUGGACCAUUCGCGUUGGCGUGUUUGAGGGCAUGGUCUAUGCCGUGCUACAUACGUUGCAACAACAAAGGAAAGGGGAGUUUGACAGACUCAUUGUACAGGGUGUUGACCCGCAGAGAGUGGUGAAAUAUUGGACUAAUGGUGAAAUGAAGGAUACCACCGCAGAUUCGAAGAAACGGGUGAGCUCAAAAGAAGGCAAAAGAGCCAAAAUCGACCUAAUUGGGAGAUGUUUAACUCGGUGUGUUGAUGUGGGCGAUUUUGACAAAGGUUCAAAAUAUGAAAUACCCUUAGAGCUUGGUCUAGUUGAAGGGAGUCAGGCAAGGGAUAUUGUUCAAGCGUAUCUCAACAGGUGGAAUGCCGGAGGCAGAACGGCAAAGAGAUGUGGCAUUCGAGCUAGCAUGGAACAGAGUAGCGGGAGGGUCGAGAACAUUGGAAAGCUUGACGACUUAGCGGACUCUCUUCUACAGGGCAUUACAUGGCUGGAAUGGCAAAAGAUGACUGAAAAGUUACUGUAUAGCAACGCAGUUAUUCCUGCCUAG